AAGGUCUGAAGUACACAAGUCAAAACACAAAAUUAUUACUGUAGUAACACAGCAACAACCAUGGUCAUGUGCAAGCCUAAUGAUCACAAUAUCGCCAUCGAGGAGGAAUUCCUCAAGUUGGAGCAAGUGCUAAACCAGACCGCCAAUGAAACGGCCAACUGCCUCAAGCUCCUCAAAAAGCAUCUAUCCGACUACGACAGCCGCAAUGGCAAUCGUUUUAGGAACACGGCGGCGUCCUUCAUGCGGACGGAUAUGCGGGAUGCCAAGGAUACGGCCAUGGACCUGAAACACGUGGCCCACGAGAUCAACAGGGACCAGAAGCCGACCAAGACGGAAAUCGCUUCUGCUCGUAACAUGAUGAACUCGACGGCCAGAGCCAUCGAAACCUUGAAGGCUACGGCUCGCAACUACGAUAGAGAGAACCAGCAGCGCAUGGGAGUCAAGGGGCGAGUUGAUGCCGCCGUUGGUGGACAUGGGGAGCGUAGUGCUUUUGCCGCCUCGUCCUCCUCGAGCUCGUCGGAGUCGGACGGUGGUCUCUUUGGUAAGAAAGAUAGCGGAGAGAAACGCCGAAAUAUCUCCAACGAAGACAAUAACGGCGGCCGUGUCGUAGGGAGUUCAGAGACCGUAGAGACACUUGUGAGAAAGGUACUCCGUGACAACUUCAGCCUCAGCACGCUAAACAGUCAAAUCAAAGCUGCUGAGAACUCGCUGACACCGUCUCUCAUGGAGCGUGCGAAGGAGAAAAUGCAUGACGUGAAGGAAAAGAUUAAGGGCGACAAGUCCGAGCCCGUUCAUGAAGGACACGGUUACCCCCACGAAGGCCACCAUCACCAGCAAACGGUGAUGCCGUAA